GUUCUCACAGCUGUACGGACGACUUAGUGCGACGGACCCGUCCCCGCAGUGACCUGAGCGGUGUGUUUUCUUCAGUAAAAUGAAGUUUUAACUGGAAACAAAAGUCAUGUUUACUUUGAAGGCGCUGCGGAAGAACAAGACAGUGAGAUAUGGAGUCCCAAUGCUCUUACUCGUAGUCGGAGGUUCCUUCGGACUGCGGGAGUUCACGCAGCUUCGCUACGACGAGCAGAGGAUCAGGAAGAAGCUGGACCCAUCACUGGAGGCCAAAGUGAAUGUGGAGAAGCAGUCUGUGAUCCUGGAGGAGGAGUAUGAGAAGAUGAAGGAGCUCAAUCUGGAGGAGUGGAAGAACAUCCGAGGCCCUCGUCCCUGGGAGGACUCGAAGGAGUACCAGGAGCAGCAGAGAUCCAGGCAGACACCAAAGGACUGAAACUAAAGGACUGAACAAAGACCACUGCAGGACGGAACGAGUCUGUGUGGUGAAGACUGGGCUGAGACCCCGACAGAUUGAUCUUUAAAACACAGACUGGACUUGUUAUGUUGGGGUUUGUGCUGGACUCAAUGGGGUAAUCAUAGUACCCGUGUAAAACCACAUUCUGGACUUUAUUUUUAAAACAUCUCAGGGUCUAUAUGACUGAUGGAUAUGUUUCUGAGUUGCUUGAGAAAAUUGCUUCAUGCCAGCAGCAGAGAAACUGGCUCCAUCGAGAGACGUCCACUAAAAGAUGUUUUUGUCCCAGACAGGCUCCCGUAGUUCUUCUUAGUGUGUGACAACAUCACAUCUGCACUCCUGAAAAUAUCUAGAUCAAAAUAAUUAGAAUUAGUAAAAUAAAGUAUAAUAUUUAAAAAGAAAAUGGAGAUUUUAAUUGGAGUGUGUAUGUGACUUAGUGGGCUUCUGCAGACAGCCUCUAGUGGACACUUGAGGAACUGCAGGCUUUUGCACUUCUGCAUUGGCUUCACUUUUCAACAGUGCUUAAAGAAAUCUGAACUUUUCCUGGACAAACUUUUGGAUUAUGUUUCUCCAGUUGCAGAUAUAACAAGUUAUUGUCACUGCCAGCUGAACCUUCAAAUCAUUUACACUUUGAAAUAUGUUUAAAAAAGUUUAAAUCUGAGAACAUAAAGUCUGUUUCUGAUGGUCAUACAGACGGCCGGCCCACUUUAAAGGUUGAUCUUCUUUUAGAAGAAAAGCCUCGGUUCAUAAACAGGAGAGUAGAAAAAACUCACCUGUUGUGAACUGUUUGUAAUACACAGAACAACCAGCAGGGGGUGCUCCUGCACCCUGCUGCACUUUAUCUAGUAUCUAUCACUGUAUGCUUUUUAUGUCUGAAUAAAUAAUGUGCUAUUGAUCCAGAAA